AUGCCGCCGCAACAAGCACAGCGCAUGGGUACAAGAUUCCUACACCAGCUCACAAAUCUUGGUGGUAGCGGAAACAGUUCUCAUGACACCCCACCACAACCUGCUGGAAAUGGUAGCUCGUCACCCGUGAAGAAUCAACUCGCUUCCUUUUUCCAGAAAGGACCGAAUUCUUCUGGAUCGACACCGAACUAUCCUCAACAGCAGCCAGAGAUAUCCGCACCCACACGAGCUAUGGGGGCUCACAAUGCGUUUGACUCAGCAGAGGAUCCCUCCCUGCGUUUUGGCGAAGCAUUCAGUGAUGGGAUUAGCCCCAAUGGUACUUAUAUGCGGAGAGCAUUUGGUAAUGAUGAAUUGGCGGAUCCUUCUGGAGUGCAGGCUGGCCGCUUCGGGCCUAUGCAUUCACUUGGCCAAGUGGGUCAGAAUGCGAUGUUGCAGCAGCCACCACAGCAACCACAAUUUCAUCCCCACCUGCAGCAGCACUUGCAACAUCACAUGCAGCAGCAGCAGCAGCAGCAGUUCCAUCUGCAACAACCGCCGUCCUCGGUUGAUCAUAUGAUGGACAUGAACGCGGGGCGAUUCAUGCCACAGCACAAUCAGCCACAGCCAAUGAGAGUAUCGACCGGUCCCCACAACAUGCCAUUUGCGAGUCAAAGUGCGCCACAGCAUGCUCGUGACAUGUUUGAUUCGAAUGCUGUACUGCAAGAUGGUCAGCCUAAACCAACGACUCAGCCGCCGGACAUGGUAUCCCAUAUGAACACGAAUUUGUCGUCGAAUGCUGGCCAAGUCGGACAGGGCAGCAUGAUGCAUAGCAUUCCAACGGCCCAGAUGCCUCUUAUGCAGCCGCCAUCAUUUGGCACAACGACAGAUGCAUCGACUUCCAAACCAGUAUUUGCCAUGUCUAAUAAGCCACAUGAGGGCGUGACGACGCCUUCAGCCGAAGAUCAUAAAAUGUUGGGCGUUCCAUCGAGUGCUCAUCAUGAAGCCAACACUGAUGAUGGCGGCACGCCUCUCCGCACGGUCAAUCAGUGGUCGCACACAUCACCGACGAAGCGGAUGGACCCCGCGGAAAUUGACCACUUAUCGCGUUCAUACUAUACGGAGCUGUUGAACUUUUUCCGCACUCAAUCAAUCCGCACCUCUCUGCUGACACCCUCACGUUCUAGCGCCCGCGAAAAGCUCACAAGGUUGAACAAGCAACAGUUUGCCGAGCUGUCUACGGAUGUGCACGACGAACUGCGACGCCGGCAGGACGAGCUCCAAGAGAUGCCAUUCUUGCAAGGACGUGACGACUUUCAUCCAAAGCGGAACCAGGCCCGUCAGAAGCUCGCGACUCUACCUAAGACGAGAUUCCGAGACUUGGCGUCCGACGUGUUCUUCGAGCUGGAGCGUCGGUACCCUGAGCUGCCCCAGGAACUGCGCUACGAGUCGCUUGAGGAUCUGAUGGGAGCACGAGAGGGACACUCUAGAAACUCAAGUCUGAUUUCCAAGGCUCCCGCGGGGGUGAAUACUGGUGCAAUGCCUGGUGCAGUGCCUGGUGCCACGAACGAUGUUAAACCGCCCUAUUCCUUGGUAUCUUCGACUCCAGGCGCUGGCACUCGUGGCAUGGAACAAGCCCCUGCGCCUGUGCCUGUGCCUGUGCGAGUCUCUGUGCCGCCGCCUGCUUCCUCGCAAUCGGCCAAUAUGCCACCGCCACCUGCUACGUCAGGUCCCAUGCCCGGUCCGACGUCCGGUUCCACGUUCGGUGCCGUGUCGACGGCACCUGUGCUUGGCGCAGGCUCUGCCCCCUCGACGGCUGCCCCAUUAAGUGACCGGCAGCAAGCUGAUCCUUAUGGCACAAGACCUCUAUCGUCCUCACGCAUGAGCACAAACCUUGCUCAGCAACAACUGACGGAUCUUAUGGCCGAUGCUCAGCAGAUGAGUAGUGCUGAAAUGUUUGCACCUGCACACAGUGCGGCCGUUGAGGAACAGGAUCCCCGAAGCUUACAGGCAGCAGCCCGCACCUCAUCAUCGGAUCGUGAUUCGAUGAUCCCGUCUGCCUCAGCAGCAGCAGCAGCAGCAGCGACAUUACCGGCCGCAUCAGGCGCAGCGGCACCAGCAAUUGAUCCUGCAGAAAUUCGCGCGUACGAAGAACAGGUCGGGCUUCUUCAGAAACAAGUGCAAUUGCUAGAAGAACAAGAACAUGUGCUCCGUGCGCAGGGCACGGAACAUGAUCGUCUAGUCGAGCAACUUCGUUCUCAGAACAAUGCCCUCGAAACGCGCCUCACAUCUCUCGAGCAUGAAUUGGAGGCUCACGAGACUGUGGCACGUGAUUUGCGGUCUGAGAGCGAUCGACGGCAAGUGGCGCUGGACGACAAGGAAGCUGAGCUUCUGCAGCACCGCGCCGACUUGGACGUGUUGCGAUCACAGUACAAUGAACUGAACUUGGCACACGCAGCGCGGAGUGCCGAUGCCGAGUCGGAAACGCAUUGGAAGCGGCAGCUCGAGGUCAUGCAGCGGGAGACGCUCGAACAACAGCAGAUCGUCCAAGACCUACGUGGCGAAGUCGCAACCCUGCUCGAGGAACUACGCCGCCUAAGUGCGCGCAAUGAUGCUAUGACGGCCGACAAGGAAUCGGACGUCGCGAUCAUCCGCGACUUGCACCAGCAAAUGUCGACCUACAAGCGGCGGUACGAGAGUGCAAAGGGCGAACUUCGAAUGGUGCAGUCGACUGCACAGCUUUGGGCGCAGCCGCAUGUGGACGAAUGGAGGUAUGUGUCGCCCAACGGCGCUGUGGCCGACACGAAUCUGCGGUCUUUCCAGUCGGCUAUUGAUGAGCUCUUGUCGUCGGCGCGCUCUUCAGCGCCCUCAAACGUGCUGAUCGCAAUGAAGACAGUUGUCUUGUCGACGACACUCGUGACCGACGACGUCGCCAAGUAUGAGAUGCAACCAAACAAUGAGAUGGCAUCUUUAUCGCCACAGCAGCGCGAGGAUGUCGAGACACUCAAGGUGUCGAUCUCAGAUGCUUUAUCGAAUCUGAUGAAUGCAUGCCGAAACCAUGCAUCGUCACAGGGUCUUGCCCCCGUAAGCCUCAUUGAUGCAGCCGCAACACACGUGGCACUAGCAGUCGUUGAGUUGAUCAAGCUGCUCAAGUUACGCCGAGUCCCUCGACCAGAUGAAGAUGACCUGAGCUUUGACAGUAUGGCAGACUCAGGGCCCGCCUUGGGGGGUGGCUCAACAACGCCUAAUGGACUCAAGCCACUCCAUACACGCAACGCCGCAUCGCCAUCGCAUCUGUUGUCUCGCGGCACACCCAGCCGUGGUGCUGGCAUCACAAGUCCCACGUCACUCCGCUCGCUAUCAUACUCGAACUCGAACCUCGACGCUCGCGCUCGCGCUUUGGACGUGCCAACCGGUACGCCAAAUGCUUCGCAUCAGCAACAGCAGCAUGGGCAAACGACCAGCGCGCCCGGCGCCGGCGCGACUUCGUCUGGCGCAGCGGAUGUGGCUGCAUCAACACCGACGCCACGACCUUCGGCAGUGCCUCCUCGACUGCCGAAUCGUGAAAUGAGCUCUGAACCAUCAGCCUCGACAACUCCGCAAGAGUCGUCUCGCGCGCGUCUACCUUCGACUGAGACAGCCACUCGUCCUCAGUCUCCCCACGUGCCGCGGCCACCAUCAGCGACUUCAACAUGGCGUGGAUCGUCAACUGACCAGCCGAUGCCAAACAAUGGCAACUUGCAGCAAUCCACAAGCCCGGAAUCAGUGUCAACACCCGCAUCUUCUCGAACACCAUCGCAAUCACACUCCCACAUGCAACAGCAGACACGACCCGCAUCCCAAUUAGCUGUCCCAAUGAGUCAACAGCGCGAAGAUGAAGACGCAGAAGAUGAACUUGAGAACUGGGGCGAGCUUCGCAAUUACAUUGAAGUACAGACCGAAGCCAUCGUCCACUCCAUUCAGUCGCUCCUUUCGGCGCUGAGAGAAGGUGCCCAAGGGGUGCAGCUAAAUGAGAACCUGACACAGAUUACCACCAUCGUUUCGUCAAUUGUCGCCAUUUCACGCGACCACUUGCCGCAGGCAACGUCCCGACAUGGAGCCAUUGCCACAGAGGCCGAACGAAUUUUCGCUGAGCUGACGGACAACUGCGACAGACUAAGCGAUAUGCAAUCGAACACGUCGUUUGAUCGUUCGGCGAAGAGCGUCAUGGCCAGUGCUUCUUACGGAGUAGCAAAAGGGCUCAAGGCCUUGAAUGAGCUACUCAAUGCCGCUGACGAAGCGCCUCUUGCUCAAGCGUAG